CCAAAACUCAUUCACUCUGCUUCUAAUUUCAUUUCCAAUUCCCAAUUCCCAAUUCCCAAUUCCAAACCCUAAUUUUCUCCAAAUUCCCAAAUCUCCGAUUCAAUGGCACCAAAAGGAGAGAAGAAGCCAGCAGAGAAGAAACCCGCAGAGGAGAAGAAGUCGACCGUAGCAGAGAAGGCUCCCGCUGAGAAGAAGCCAAAGGCCGGAAAGAAGCUGCCAAAGGACGGUGGUUCAGCGGCAGCAGGAGAGAAGAAGAAGAAGAGAAACAAAAAGAGCGUAGAAACAUACAAGAUCUACAUCUUCAAAGUUCUGAAGCAAGUUCACCCUGACAUUGGUAUCUCAAGCAAAGCCAUGGGUAUAAUGAACAGUUUCAUAAAUGAUAUAUUCGAGAAACUCGCACAAGAAUCAUCAAGACUUGCAAGGUACAACAAGAAGCCAACAAUCACUUCUAGGGAAAUUCAAACUGCUGUUAGACUUGUUCUUCCCGGUGAAUUGGCAAAGCAUGCUGUUUCUGAGGGUACCAAAGCUGUGACCAAGUUCACAAGUUCUUAGGCUAUUUCUCGAAGUGUUGUUAUUGGGUUACUAUAUCUGUUUAGGCUCAAUUAGGUUUUUUAAUUUUUAGCUUUUUUACUUUUCUAUGUUGUAAUGACCUAAUUGGUUUUGUUGAUCCUUUUGUGUAUGGAAGUAUAUUGGAUUUUCAAA